GUGAGCUCUUGAGGACGAGCGCGAAGGGGACACUCGCCACCGCACAGCCCGCGAGGUGACGCCUGGCCAGAGGUACCCUCACCAGCCAGCAGACACGCGUGAAGGGGAAAGCAGACCGUCGUGUUACACCAGUGGUGACGUGCGGUUGCUGGCAGCUUCCAAAGCCCGGCAGGUAUUGAAGAGACACAGAGCGGCAGCGGUACAGCGGUGACAGUGGAGGAUCAGUGCAGUUUGUGAGCGCAAGCGUAACAGGAGCUUGGGGCUGUUGUGUUGUCUCAGUGGCCAGCUGCCCAAGUGGUCCUACUCACACCUGUGAGGAGGACCCAGGCCACUGAGUGGCAAGCGACAGCCAAAACCAGUUUGAGUCCGUUGAGCCUCUGAAGAAGCGUGAUUGAAGACAACUCUUACUGGCUGUGCAGCGUUGAGAACAAGCGCAAAGGCGAGUCUGGUGUGUCGGCUCUUACAAGUGAUACAGGAUAGGUAAAAAGAAGAUGUCAGGUCGUCGCGUUGCUGCAGCAUGUGAUAGACGACAGCUCCCACGGGGCAUGGGUAGCAUGGCAUCCCCCCUCCUUGACCCGCGUCCACUUCGACUUCCGUUUCUUGAGGCUGACAGUCGCCUCCAAUCGAUUUGCGGGCGCUCGAUGCAGCAGCCUUCGCGGAGGAGCAUUCUUCGCUCUCGGCCGCCGCCGCCACCUCCUCCCCUGCCGCCGCCGCCGCCAAUCGAUGCGCUCAGGGCUCCGGUCGCCAUUUUAGGGGGAGAGCGAGGGAGGCAGAAGGAAGGGUCGGCCCCUCCAAGGCAUUCCUUGCUAACAAUGUAUAGAACAAAAGUCAGCUUGAAAGAUCGUCAGCAACUUUAUAAACUAAUCAUUAGUCAGCUGCUAUAUGAUGGGUACAUAAAUAUUGCCAAUGGCUUGAUAAAUGAGAUAAAACCGCAAUCAGUCUGUGCACCAUCUGAGCAACUGCUGCACCUAAUUAAAUUAGGAAUGGAGAACGAUGACAGUGCUGUUCAAUAUGCAAUUGGGCGGUCCGAUACAGUAGCUCCAGGCACAGGAAUUGACUUAGAAUUUGAUGCAGAUGUACAGACCAUGUCUCCUGAGGCUUCUGAAUACGAAACUUGUUAUGUCACGUCUCAUAAAGGACCAUGUCGUGUAGCUACAUAUAGCAGAGAUGGACAGUUAAUAGCUACAGGAUCAGCUGAUGCCUCAAUAAAAAUUCUUGAUACAGAGAGAAUGUUGGCCAAAAGUGCUAUGCCUAUUGAGGUCAUGAUGAACGAGACAGCACAGCAGAACAUGGAAAAUCACCCUGUUAUUCGAACUCUAUAUGAUCAUGUGGAUGAAGUUACGUGUUUAGCUUUUCAUCCAACAGAACAGAUUCUAGCAUCUGGUUCAAGGGACUACACGCUUAAAUUGUUUGACUAUUCAAAGCCUUCUGCCAAAAGAGCCUUCAAAUACAUACAGGAGGCAGAGAUGUUACGCUCAAUCUCUUUUCAUCCUUCUGGAGAUUUCAUACUUGUUGGUACCCAGCACCCUACCUUACGCCUUUAUGAUAUCAAUACUUUUCAGUGUUUUGUGUCUUGCAAUCCUCAAGAUCAGCAUACUGAUGCUAUAUGUUCAGUAAACUACAACGCAAGUGCGAACAUGUACGUGACAGGAAGCAAGGAUGGAUGCAUCAAACUGUGGGAUGGUGUUUCAAAUCGCUGUAUCACUACUUUUGAGAAGGCACAUGAUGGAGCUGAAGUCUGUUCUGCUAUUUUUUCCAAAAAUUCAAAAUAUAUCUUGUCAAGUGGAAAAGACUCUGUAGCUAAACUGUGGGAGAUAUCCACUGGUCGAACCCUGGUCAAAUAUACAGGAGCUGGUUUGAGUGGACGACAAGUACAUAGGACACAGGCUGUCUUCAACCAUACAGAGGACUAUGUGCUGCUUCCAGAUGAAAGGACCAUAAGUCUCUGCUGCUGGGAUUCAAGAACUGCUGAACGGAGAAAUCUUCUUUCUCUUGGGCACAACAGCAUCGUCCGUUGUAUUGUUCACUCUCCUACCAACCCUGGUUUCAUGACCUGCAGUGAUGACUACAGAGCUAGAUUUUGGUACAGAAGGUCAACCACAGACUAAAGACACCUUUAUGAAACAGUGAUUAUCCAGAUUCAUUAUAUCAUCUUGUAUUGAUUGUACUGCCAACAGAUGCCUAGAUGAGAGCCAUGCUGUGUCUGUUUUUUAAUUCUGUCAAAUGCGACAGAAAAAUACCAGAAUACUGAGACUUGAGUUUUCGCCCCACACUAAUUUUUUUUAUUAGUGUGCGUAUGGCAUUAAUUUUUUUUAAGUCAUCUCUAGUUGUACUCAAGGGAGGGGAAGGGGGAAUAAAAUGAUCCUUGCAAGAAGGAUUAAACUUGUUCUCCUAUCUCUAAAUCCUGUGAAAGAUAAUGUGACUGAAUCUUGCUCAAACUGGGCAGAAUGAGCCAGUUUUGCUCUGCAUUGUAUCUGUGCAAUCCCACUGAGGUCUGUUUAAAGAAUGGAUUACACAAGUAACAGCAGAACUUGGCAAAUACUUUAAUGAAGCCUUAAGCUGCCUUCAGUUCUGAUUCAUGCUUUGUAAAGCUCUAUUUUGUAUCUUUUUAGUCUGUUUUUUGGUGGGGUUUUUGUUUUUUGUUUUGUUUUUUAAUUGGCUAAGUGGACCUUCAAUUCUGAGCCAGUCUUGUGCCACAAGAAUUUGAAACACAAUUUUAAAUGGUUUAGAUGAAUUCCAGAAAUGGUGUUCUAGUUCUGAUAUUAAAGCUCAGACCUGAAAUCUUGUCUUUCAUUUGAAUUUAUCUUAACAAGUGCAACUUCAAAGGAAGCUCACGGUAUUUUCAAGGAAUAGCCACACUGCAACUGUAAAAGGCUGGUGUGGCAGUGCCGCGCCGUGUGAAGAUGACAAGAAUAGUUUUGCCAUAGAGACCUACAGUAUCCCCGCAAAGAAAUAAAUUGUUGCGCGUUUUGAUUUUUGUGUAUGUACCUCAGCAAUGUCAUUUCAUUUUAUUUAGAAAUUUUUAUUCUGUAGUUGCUCUGUAUUCAAGAGCACUUGAAUGACAUUCUUUUUUUGAUUCAAAAAUCCAAAACAGUUCUAUUUAUUUGUAAUAGUCCAAGUUUCCCAGACAUCAUAUUCAGCAGAUGUACAGAUUAAGAUCCUCUGUGCUUAAGCCUUCUGUAAAUUUGAAAAUUCACUACUGCUCACAGAUUAUCUUGCCUGUGCUAGGCUUCAAAUAUGUUCUUUCAAGCAUUCGGUCUGUGGCUCCAGUGAUACAGUACUCCUGGGCUUCACAGUUGGGAGACUUUCUUCGGUCACAAGCUCAGCACUUGCUUUCGUUAGUAUUUUCAAAUAUUAGAUUGUUCUUACUGAUGAAUUAACUUUCCAUUGUCACUGAUGAAGUAUCUUGUCAAGGGCUGAAAAGGGUAAGGUUUUGUCUGUAUUUAAAUAAAAUUACCUUUUAAAAAGUUAUUUAAUAUACAAAGAAGGAAUUGUAUUAGUUUUCUAUAUAACAAAAGGCAAGCGAAUUAAAUAUCGGAAGGAUCUCUUUUGGGAAUGUGUUAUAGCUUGAUGAGUCGGUCUGUUGCAUUGCAUGUGAACCUGAAAUAACUAGAGUUACGGUUUGGAAUGUAAAUGUUCUUGUUUUGUUUUUUUCAGGUAGAGAAUGCAGUUUAAUUUUCUCUUAAUUUGUUCUGCACAGCAAUAACUUUUCCUUAGAAAUCUUCUUCCCUGCCUCCCUCCCUUCCCCUGUUGUUUCCCUGCCUGCCAAAUUUUUAGAAGUGUGGGAGAGAAGAGAUAGUGGUUUAUGUGGCUUUUCUGGUAGAGAAGGAAGGAGAGCAGGGAGAGGCAGGGCUUUGUGGGAGGGAAAAGGGAAGUCCUGCAACACGGUUAUUAAUGCCUGGUGAAUUAGCUCAGUAAUCCCAGACCUCUAGUAGAGUCAGCCUGCUAAAUUGAUAGCAGUGGUAGUUUUUACUAGGCUCCUGCCUUCUUUUCUUCUUUAAUUCUGUUAAAGACGCUGCCCAUAGGUAACUCAUUUGCUACUGUUACCUGGACUUGUUUAUUUUUAAAAUAUAACUUGGAGGUUUAUUUAUUAAAUGACUGCUGUAACUGAUAAGAUAGCAACCUACUAGCUUUCACCUCGUGCUUUCUUAGGUCUACGGUCUUUUAACUUGUAACAUAAAAGUAGAAGCUUGUUCCUUAAAGCAAAAACAUACUGAAGUGAACCCUUUUCUUUUCAUAUUGUGUAUCGUGUUGGUUGAGGCCAGGGGCUUCGGUCUGGGGAGGGAAUUGUUCAAGGAAAUAAAGACAGGAAAAUACUUACAUGGGAUAAGUAAGUUGAUAAUGCAAUCACAGAGUAAAAUACUUUCGGAGCGCAAAAUCCCGGUGGCGUUAUGUGAUGCCUGGAGGUGAUUGAUCUGGGAUGAGAAUGAGAAGACAAGUUUGCUAUAUAAAAAGACAGUGUUCAGAGCAAGCAUGCUUUGGAAGUACUGUGAAGCGGAGCUACAGCUGCAUCUUGAAGAACACACCUAGUCUUUUUGUUAGAUCUGCACUUGAUUGAAGGGGAACUUGUCUUUCAGUGUACAAAUCUGGAGGAAUCUACAUACAUGUUCUUUAUGUGAUAGAUAAGACUUACUGGUCAGAGAGGCUUCACACCUAGAAGCUAUAUUUGAUGCUCUUGGCAUGUAGAUGGCUACAGGUGUCACCAGUGGUUAGGGAAGAGAGGGAUGCAGAAAUCUGAGAUGAAUGGGAGCAAGAAGGGGCUGAUGAAUGGGAGCAAGAAGGGGCUGCUGUUUUCCUUCUCAUAUCUUAUCUUCCCGACUAUAAGGGGACUAGAAGACUGAAGCCAUGUAUGAAGUCAAGAGA